ACCCUUUUUCCCUUGUACCUAUUAUCUUUUGGUUUUGUUCAGGAGCGGUGAUAAGUUGCGGUGGUCGUGCAAGUGUAAUUAAGGUGGUGAAAACGAAAAAUUUGGCAGCGAAGAAUUGACAACACCCGGAAGAGAAGUGAAAGUGACCGGGUGGGAACGCUUAAGAACUAUUCCGGGAAGAUUUUGGACUAUGACCGGUUGUGGCAAGUUUCAGUGAUUCCGAAGAAACAAGAACAGUUUAAACGGGUUUGUGAAUUUGGCGAAACAUUUGCAGCAGCAGCAACAGCAGUAGCAGCAGCAGUAGCAGUGGAUAAUAGUUUUAAAUUUGCCGAAAACAGUUACAACUUUAUCUUAUUGCGCCAUCCUCAGUCACAGUUUUCAGCGAUGGCACCGAACGUCCUUGGAAACACACUGCUCCUAGCGGAGGCCUGCAUGGCACCGGAAGAUCCAAACAACAAUCAGAUCAAAGCGAACAAAUCGAUGUUGAAUGUUCGUACAACGGCAGAGCCAGCGACGAUUGCCGUCUCGAAGACACGUGUCCAGGUUGAAGAUUUUCAGAAGACUGAUUCUAGUAGUAGUAGUGAAACCAGCAGCUCCUACUUCCAAGCUCCACUGGUGUGGCGGAACAUAAUCGCUUUCAUCUAUCUGCAUGGUGGCUUCCUGUACGGUGUGUACCUGGCGAUCACCGUGGCCAAGGGUACCACGGUGCUGAUGGCCUUUAUCUUGGGAAUGUUUGGUGCGUUUGGAAUUACGGCCGGAGCACAUCGACUGUGGUCACACCGUUCGUACAAGGCCAAGUGGCCGCUGCGGCUAAUACUGAUGAUUUCGCAGACGUUGGCCUUCCAGAACAGCAUCUACGAAUGGGUGCGGGAUCAUCGAGUCCACCACAAGUUUACCGACACGGAUGCCGACCCGCACAACGCCAAGCGUGGAUUCUUCUUCUCCCACAUCGGCUGGCUGAUGAUGAAGAAACAUCCCGAUGUCAAGGAGAAGGGUAAAAUGGUAGACAUGACCGACCUGGAUUCGGAUCCCAUCGUGAUCUUCCAGAAGAAAUAUUAUGCCGUUCUGAUGCCAGUAUUCUGCUUCGUCAUUCCAACGUUUUUGGCCUAUAACUACUUGGGCGAGACGUUUUCCAACUCGUGGUACAUUGUGGCGAUCUUCCGCUACGUGCUCUCGCUUAAUGGAACCUGGUUGGUGAACAGUGCGGCUCACAUUUGGGGAACCAAGCCCUACGACAGAAAAAUUUCCCCAACAAACAACACAUUCGUGGGGAUUGCCGCAGUCGGUGAGGGCUGGCACAACUACCAUCAUGUGUUUCCCUGGGACUACAAGACGUCCGAGCUGGGCAAAUACAGCACCAACUUCACGACGGCGGUGAUCGAUUUCUUCGCCAAGAUCGGCUGGGCGUACGAUCUGAAAUCGGUGUCGGAUGACAUGAUCAAGAAGCGAGUCCUGCGGACGGGUGACGGAACGCACCCGUACAGCGAGGAACGGCUCCGGGAGAAGAUGGUCGACUUCAUCAACAAUCUGGAUCAUGAACAGGAGAAUGUCGUGUGGGGUUGGGACGAUCACGAUAUGGCCGAAGACGACCGAAGGGAUGCGACCGUCAGUAACAAAAAGGACUAGAAGUGCGCAACACCAGACACGGAAACAGCCAGGUGCGGUUUCACGGACUGCUGGAGGUUAUUUAAUUUGGGUCAAUGUUAUGGACUUCCUUUGAUCGAUGAUGGAUUUCUCUUGUGUAGCUAGCCAGUAGUGUUCUACCUGGGAUGCGCCGUAGGCAUGCCAACCAAUGGGGGGAGUUGCUAGUAAUCGCACAACGAGGAAGAAACUGUAGCUCAAGUGAAUUGUUUAAUUUAUUCUUUAGUUCUUCUUCUUGCGUGAUGUAAGAAAUCAUAGUACUAAGAGAAUCAUACGGAUACAGUAGUGUAGGUGUCGAACGAUGUAGAAUGAAUAAAUGCAGAAUUAAUGAAUAAUA